CACGGAUUUGAGGUAUUAUUAGAUAAAAAAAAUAAUUGUUGUGAUGAAAGACUAACUGUAGUUCUGUCUUAGCUAUUUCAGCACCACGUUUAAGGAACUAACAAAAUGGGGAGUUGCUUCCGAAACUUGUCAUUCCUUGUAAUUGCCUUCAUUGUCUGCAUUCAGAUUCAUGAAAGUGUUGGCUUGUAUGACGAAGAUGACAAUGUUGAACGUGGAGACAGAUAUAUCGAUAAACUUCUAGAAGAAAUGCUGGAGCAAAAUGGCCAUGAAUAUGAUCCUUAUAUUCUUGAAGACAGUUCUAUAGGGUUCAGUAAAAAAAUUACCUUUGUUAACGUCAGCGGUGAAGCAAAAUUACAUAACGGUUACAUCACAGGGUUAAAGUCUCUUCAUCGUCCAGAUCAUUGUUCAGUAGAAGAAGAAGGUGGUAACUUGCUGGUGAAAGCUGACUUGGGUGCUGGUGUCUUGGAUUUCUACUAUGAUGGUACGGUCAAGUUUAUGAGCUUUGGACCCACAAUCACAGUUCACGGAGUUCUGGCUUACGUAGAAGUUCACAUGGAAUUUACAGUAGAUGCCAAAACUGGGCGCAAUGGAAAACUGACCAAAUUUGUAAUAGAUGAGAUGAAAGGUAUGAAGGUAACGGUUUCUGGUCUAGGACCUAUGAAUUGGGCCUUGAAUUACAUUAUGAGUGGUGUAACUUCGUUAUUCCAAGGCUUCGUUCGAAAAUUCAUGCAAAAUAAAAUCAGAAGUCAUAUUGCCGAACGAUUGCCAAAUUACCAGUUCCCCGUUGAAGGUGGCGAUAUCGACAUAACAGAAGUACCUGAGAUAACGGAGCCUUCAGAAGAAAUUACCGAAGCUCCCGAAGAAACCGAAGCACCAGAAGAAAUUGUCGAAGAGACAGAAGCACCAGAAGAAGUUGUUGAAGAAACAGAAGCUCCAGAAGAAAUCCCUGAAGAAACGGAAGCUCCCGAAGAGGAAGUUACAGAAUCCCCAGAAGAAGAAGUUCUAGAGGCUUUGCAGUUGUUCAGAUAUUUAGAUUUAUUGUAAAAUCAUGUAGAUUUUUGCGAUUGAAAUAGUAUUACUGGCCAUUGCAAUAUUGCAAUAAUAAAAUUCCAUAGUUUUCUUAAAAGCAGGGAUACUUAUUUUUAUUUUAAAACUGAAUUUAACAAUUUUCAAACCAUACUGUACUUUUUUUGUCUUAAGACCUGAUGUUUGAAUAAAAACAUACUAAAAAUGAGA